AUGGGCAGCUACCUGGGCAAAGUGGGGUCUUCGCCGCGGUCCCCGGCACAGGGGCGCGCAGAUGCGCGGGAGAAGCCGGCAACCCGCAGGCCCGCUAGGCCCCUCUACCAGGUCCACCGGGUGCAGCACGUCCACCGCGCCCAGCCCGCCCGGAGACACAGGCCGGCCCGGAGGCCGCCCAACUGGGAUCCCGCCAAUGCCGCCGCCUUCGUCAGCGAGGCCUGGAGGCGCUUCCCCAUGAAGAGGCCGCGGAACCCUCUCAUGGGCUCUCUUCCUUCAGACUGGUGGGAGAGCUACCUCAAGCGUAAUAUUUGGUCCCUCCGUCACCCGAGGGCCACUUGGAGUCCGGUGACGGUCAAGAUCUCGCCUCCUGAGCGGAGACCACGGCCCUUGUUCUCAGCCUCAAGAGUGGUGAACUCCGCCGGACCCAGCUCAGAGGAGCCAGCCGGCCCCUGUGGAAAGGACCCGGUGCUCAGGGCCCUCCUCGAGUGCAGCAAGGGGAGAGCCAGGUGGGAAGAGCCCCUCUUCCCUGACGCCUCCGACAGUAGAAGGAAUUCCAUCACUGCAUGGUCCGCCUUCAAGCCCCUGUUGAAAAGUGGGUCCACCGUUUCCUUUGUGGCCAGACCUGGGUCUCUGAAGAGGAGCCUUCAUGCCCAGAGUUCUGAUCAUAAAUACAAGAAGUCCAGUUGCUCCUCCAUGGCCCUCUUGGCAAGCAUACACACAAGGGGCCCGCCCAGCACUAAAAGAAAUGCUAUUACCAGCUCUUACAGCUCUUCCAGAGAUCUCUCAGCGGCUUGGAAGAGACAUUUUUCUGAGACAUCAGUCCAGACUCCGGAAUGGCCACUGAAAAAGACUGGGAAAAGUCCUAAUUCUCACCCCUUAGAAACAUCGAGCGGCUCUGAGCAGCUGGAUGGGAGUAUUUCUCUGCUGCAGUCUGAUGCUGGGGACCUGCUGAUGGCACCUUGCCAGCAAGGUUAUUUUGUUACUGAAGAGGACGCGACUGUAGAGGAGCAAGCUGGGCUGAGCAACCAAACCACAGAAGUUAUAACUGGGACUGACACAGACUCCCUUCCCGAGGCCAGGGCUGGUAUUCAGCCUCCGUUGACUCUCAGCUGGCCUUCUGAGACCAUACUCAGUACCCACAUGAGCCCUCUGCUGGAAAGCUUAAAGAACAUGCCUGUCCCACACGGGUGCUCAGAGUUAGAGCACCUUCAAGGCAUCUCUUCAGACUCAAAACUCGAACCUGCUUCCAUCCAGGCGUCUCCAAGUUCUCCCACAACACCAGUCACUGAUUCCACCUGGCCAUCUUCCACCUCUCAGGCUCACAGGUCUGCUGUGCUCCCACACUCACCUGUCAUUAUCCCCACGGCACCCACCACACAGAGCACUUUGCUUGGGGUGGUGAGUAGCCCAAUUUUCCACCUUCCUGCAUCUGUGCUUCCUGUGGACCCUUCUGCUCACUUAGCCUUCAGAUCUGUUUGGGGGACCCUGCAGAGCAGUGAAGUGACAGCCUCCUCAUACUCCAGGAUUUCUGUCAUGGCGGAGGGAUCCACAGAUUCUUCUCCCUCCACGACCCCAGGCACCUUAGGGCCCACCUUCAAGCCUAUCUUUGGCAGUAUAGAACCACUUACUAUGUCCACAACAGCUCCUGUGUCUGCUAGGCAGCCCUCUCCUUCACUGAGCUCCGCGUCCACCCAUCUUUUCCACGGCCUAGCCACCACGGCCCCCUGUUUACUUACAUCUGCCAUUACACCCAGCACAUCCAAAGACCCUGGUAUGGAUUUGAACAUAGUGACCAGCGCCAUGGGCAAUUCCUACUCUGUUCCUUCUUGCCACAAUUUCCUGCUGGGAGCUUCCCAGGGCUUUCCCCCAGCCACAGAUUUAAUUUUUCCCUGCCUACACCCCUCAAUUCCCACUGUACACACAGUCACCAUCUUUAGCCAGGUUCUCACGAGUGCCAUCCAGAUAUCCCCUCUCAGAAGCACUGCCAAACUGAAGGGUGUGAGCAGACCUCUGGCAACUUUGGGCUUGUCGUCCACAAACCAGCCUCCCAUGACCUCAAGCAUCUCUAGUGUGACUUCAGCACUCACAGCAUCCUUGGGGUCAAGCCCAAAGCCACCUUCUCCGUCAUCCCAAAGAAGUACUUCCCAGUCUUCACUUGAGGUCACAGGUGGGCUGAAGCAAUGUUCUCUCCAACUAGCUCCUGCCCCAAGCUUCAGUACCUCUUUCCUUUCAGAGAAAUCAGUUGUGUCCCCAACUCAGGUGCCACCUUCUGCUCAACCUGUCCUUAGCAAGACUGCACAGCCAGAUUCUGGGGAGUUGAUGUCUUCAGCUUCCAGUAUCCACACUCCCGCCAGCGUCCAGUCAGUCCUCGGCAGCACUCUAGCUGGUUUUCCACUCAGUGAAACUAGCUCAGCCACGCUUGGGGUUGUCAGGCAGAGCCACCAGAGCGGGGGCUUCAGCUCCGUAUUUGGUAGUACAGCCCCUAGACCUUUUGCUUUUGGAGGAUUAGUGACCCCUAUGGAUUGUGGGGAGCCUGAAGUCAUUGUGGAUGACCCACAAAGCCCUUCUGAAGCAAGAGAGAGUGAGACCCCAAGCACCCUGGCUCCCUUGGUACAAUGCUGGAACCAGAGUGCACAGGGCCUUUCUGGCCAGAUCACACCUUUGGCCAGCAUAACUGCAAGAAAGACCACGUGUGGGACCCCCUCCAUGGCCCCCUUUGCUCAGAGCACCCCUGUACCUGGAGCAAUUAAAGCAAGUAGCAGUCUUGGCUUUGGGAUACCCUCUCCAAAUGUGCAGGGUUCUGUGGGGCGAGAUCCUUUCAGACCACAGGCACCUUCAUUCAGUAUUGGCACAAAAUCUAAAAUCCCAAAGAAUCGGGAGCCAGGGCGCUCCCGAAGACAUCACACUUACAAGAAGUAG